AUGGGAUUAAACCAAGUGAAACUUGAGGACCAAGUUCAUGAAUCGAUAGCAAAAUAUACGGAAUUGAAACGUGAUGACAUGCGCAUAUGGCAAGACCGUUUUACUCAGCAAUGCAGUCCAGGUUCGACAACAAUGAACAAAGAACAAUUUUGCAAAUUCUAUCAAGAACUUCGCCCAACUGAAAAUGUGAAACGUUUAAGUGAAUAUAUUUUUCGAGCAUUCGAUUUAAAUGGUGAUCAUGGUAUAACAUUUUCUGAAUUUUUAAUGGCCUAUGUUUCGACAACUGAAGCACCAUUAGAGGAUAAACUUCGCUAUGCAUUCAAUGUUUACGAUAUAGAUCGAAACUGUUCAAUUGAUCGAGCUGAAAUUUUAUUUAUUUUACAUGCAAUGUUUGAAUUAUUGGGUAUGAGUGAUGAUAAAGCACGGAAAUAUUCAUACGAACAAUGUGCAGACACAAUCAUGAAAAAUCUUGAUGUCAAUGAAGAUCAACAUAUAUCCAAAGAAGAAUUUAUUCAAGGUUUAAUACGAGAUCCAUUUUUACAAAGUCUUAUGAAUCCAUUUCAGCAUGUUUAA